AUGCUGCCCUGGUGGUUCUGCUGUGGAUGUAAACCCACACGUUGUGGAGCCGCAGGAACAGAGGGAGAGUGGGUGAUGGUAUGCUGUCGUGCAGAGUUACAUACUGUGUGUGCCGGUGAAGGAUGGAUGCAGGAACGUACGGAGCAGGCCCAGCGAGGGGUGGACGUAGUGGACGGCGAACAAGUACCGGCUUUGUCGGUCGCGGAGUGGGAUGUUCCGUCAUGCGGCGCCUUGAGAGUCGGUCUACCGCAUCCCGAUGUACUGUAUGCCACCGCGGCAAAGGCAGGUAGCAGUACGGUUUGUGACGGUUCGAACAAGCGCCUGGCGAUAGGACCAGAACAACGCCGAUGGAUGGGUGUUGGUGGAGGUGGAGGGAGAGUGGCGAUGGAAUGUGACGAGGCCCGUUUUGGCGCCGUCUUUUGUGCAGAGGUGGACUGGGGUGGGGCGUGCGAUGGGUGCGGUUGGUGGGAGUGGGUGGGAGGCGUCGUUGUGUUGUGUUACGCAUCGGGGCGAUACGGGAAACGGGAGGAAAAUGAACAAAGGGUUAAGGUGAUUCCUGGAUGGUGGUGGGCAGAACAUCACUGGUCGUUUACAAGUGCGGCGCGGCCAAAUCAGCUCCCCAGUUGGAAACGCCUCCCCACUAUUUCCGUCGUGACGACCUCAGGUUUCAUCUACGGUCCCGGCAGUGACCGUUCGACCCGUUGCGGGACUUAAGUCGGCCCAUUUCGGGGAAACCCGCGAGUGUUGCGGGUACCCAUCGUCGAGAACAAGCAUAUCCGGCCGGCUAUGCUAUAUUCCCAGGCCCACCUCCUCCGUUCAAGUCAACUAUAGACUUUUGAUAUCCCAGCGUCUUAGUUAUCAGUAGUGUGGAUACACUGGAGUGCGGUUAUACCUUCAUCAUCUGAGAUCCUCUUGAGAUCCUCUUGUACUGGUGCUGCGUUUCUCUGCAUAUACAUUGAAGCGGUGGUUGCCUUCAUGGCGAUGCACCGUGCAGAUCAGCAAUAUGCUUGCCGGUGAACCUUCCUCCAAUGCUACGACAGACGAUCCACA